UCCAAAGCAACCUCAUCUUUCUCAGGCAGGGACACAGAGAGAGAGGAGCAGAAGCUCAGUGGUUCACCGCAGAGCCGGGACAGAAGCCAGGACCUCUGACCUAGCCCAGCGUUCUAGCCGCGGCCCAUGAGACCGCUGAGAGCCCAGUUAGGGGCUCCCCUUCCUGGGGUUGCUCCCGGCAUGAGGCUCAGGCCCUCGGGCCCCCUGCCAGCUCCCCUGGCUAGACCUCAGAGGUCAGGAUCCAUGCGAGGCAGCUCCGGGUUCCAGUCCUGGUCUCAGCCUACUGCUCCCCGGGAAGGAAUUUGAGGGACCCUGGCCAGGCUGUGUGGGCAGCGCCUCAUGAGCAGAGUAUAAGGUGGACCAAGACAAGGGCUCUUUUGUGGACACGCUGGCUUAGGGAGUUAACUGACUGCUCAACACACCUGUUCAUGGGCAGGGCCAGCCCCUGAGUGUGGGCAGGGGCACCACCUCCUGGGUCCCAGACCUGUUGAUCUACCAGCCCAACAGCCAGACCUUUUGGGAAAUGACCUGACCAGCUGGAGCCCUACCUCCUGUUGCCUGGCCAUGACCGUCACCUACUCGAACCGAGUGGCGAACGCCCGCUUAGGCUCCUUCUCCCGCCUGCUGCUGUGCUGGCGCGGCAGCAUCUACAAGCUGCUCUACGGCGAGUUCCUCAUCUUCGUGCUCUGCUACUACAUCAUUCGGCUCAUUUACAGAAAGGUCCUCAAGGAGAACCAGCAGCUGUUCUUUGAGAAGCUGACUCUGUAUUGCGACAGCUACAUCCAACUCAUCCCCAUAUCCUUCGUACUGGGCUUCUACGUGACCCUGGUGGUGACCCGCUGGUGGAACCAGUACGAGAACCUGCCGUGGCCGGACCGUCUCAUGAGCCUGGUGUCCAGCUGCGUGGAGGGCAGGGACGCGCAGGGCCGGCUCCUGCGGCGCACGCUCAUCCGCUACGCCAACCUGGGCAUCUUGCUCAUCCUGCGCAGCGUCAGCCGCGCCGUCUACAAGCGCUUUCCCACCUCCCAACACCUGGUGGAAGCAGGUUUUAUGACCCCUGCGGAACACAAGCAUCUGGAGAAACUGACCUUACCACACAACAUGUUCUGGGUGCCCUGGGUGUGGUUUGCCAACCUGGCGUUUAAGAUCUGGGUGGAAGGUCGAAUCCGGGACCCCGUCCUGCUCCAGGGCCUGCUGAACGAGAUGGGCACUUUGCGUACUCAGUGUGGACACCUCUAUGCCUACGACUGGAUCAGUAUUCCGCUGGUGUACACCCAGGUGGUGACCGUGGCCGUGUACAGCUUCUUCCUGGCUUGCCUGCUUGGACGGCAAUUUCUGAACCCAAUCAAGGGCUACCCCGGCCAUGAGCUGGACUUCAUUGUGCCUGUCUUCACGUUCCUGCAGUUCUUCUUUUAUGUCGGCUGGCUGAAGGUGGCAGAGCAGCUCAUCAACCCUUUUGGUGAGGAUGAUGAUGACUUUGAGGUCAACUGGAUAAUUGACAGGAACUUGCAGGUGUCCCUGCUGUCUGUGGACAACAUGCACCAGGACCUGCCUCCACUGGAGCAGGACAUAUACUGGGAUGACCCGGAACCACAGCCCCCCUACACGGUGGCCGCCUCCCAGACCCGGCGAGCCUCCUAUAUGGGCUCUGCUUUCGACAUCAGUCUGCAGGAGGAAGAGAUGAAGUUUCAGCCAAAUCCGGAGGAAAACAUGCACAGUGGCAUCAUUGGCCGCUUCCUAGGGCAGCAGUCCCACGACCACCUUCCGCCCAGGACGGCCCCCGACACCACCAAACCACCGUGGCCCAGGAAGGAGUCCUGUGUCUAUGAGGGCCAGUCCAAGAACACCAAACAGAACUCCAGGGACCGGGAAGACAGCAAGUCCUGGAAGCCUCUGUUGGUGCAGGCCUUCAAGAUGGCUCCACUGUUCGCAACAGACCCCAGCGCUCCUCAGACACCCCCCAGCAGCACGCCCACAGUCUUCCCCCCAGAACAGUCGGAUCCCUCAUGGCCUUAUGGGGUCCCAGGCAUGGAUGCUGAACACCAAAGCCUAAAGCCCAUGAGUUCUGGGACCAAGAGCAGUUUGGAAUUGGCCUCGGUGAGCAAGGCGAGUACGGCGACCUCGACAGAGUACCCAGCAGGUCAUGUGAGGAGGAAAACCGUGGAGUUUAACCUGAUUGACAUACAAGAAGUCCCUGAAGGCCAUCCAAGAGAACCCCAUGUGGAACGUUCAAGGGGCAACAUACACUCUAUACUCAAAGAUCAUGGGAAUCCUUAUUCCAGCUUGGAAAGCAGGGAGGAAGCACGUUCCUGACCUGUUUCCUAGGGGAGACUCCUCUCUGGCCUGGUCCUCACCCGCGUGUCCGCUAGGAGGACACUGAUCCAGUUACAGCCACACAGCAGUCCGUGCUGAAGACCACAUUCCUAUGAUGGCCUGGAUUACCAACGGUUAGCUGAACGGUUAACAAAGGAAGCAGUCCAGGACUACUUCAGUCUUUCUGCCCUGCAUACUGUGGAAGUGAGAAUGAAUCUUUGGAAACACACAAUUCAGAACAGAAUCCGAAUCCCAAGUCCUUACUCUUACCUGAAUUGGUCAUACCUGUACCUUAGUAUCUUUCCCAAACUAAAGAGUUUAAUAUAAUAAAAACAAAUAUUCUCCUAGGCGUCUCACUUUGAUUGGUGUUGACU